GACGUCCUUACCCUAGUUAGCCUCUUUUGGCUGGUGGAUUGAUUUAACAGCCGCAAGCUAGGGUUUCUUCGCUCGCUCGCCAUCGUUUCUCACUCAUCGUUACUGUAAUGUUGUCGUUCGAAGAUAGCGCCAUUAUCAUUUACGCGACAGUAUUCUCCACCGCCAUCUUUGUCGCUCUGGUCUGGAAUUUCAGAUCAUACCUUGGUCUCCUUGCUGCAGCUUUGCGUCAGCUCUUCUUACAGCAUGUAUCCUACCAACCCAUCUUCCGCAGCGCGCGUUUAAUGAAUCAAUGGUCCCGCGCCGACAUAUUGGGACUGGUUAUCUAUUUUGCGCUUAAUGGAUUUUGUAUCUCAUUCAGGUCCUCGUCCGUUGACGAAGCUGGCCACCGCGCAGCAAAGCUCGGUAUCGUGAACCUCCUCUUCUUAUAUGCAACUCCUCACCUUGAUGUCUUGACGAACACACUUGGAAUGCAGUGGCGAACGAUCUGUAGGUUCCACGGUGCAGUUGGGGUUCUGACAGCUCUCUUGCUGGUCUUCCACACCAUAGCGUUUGCGUUGUCGCGAAAUGCCUUUCCCGUCGCAAGGGCCGAAAAUUUGUGGGCAAUAGUGGCAGCAGCUUCCACAAUUGCUUCUGUUGCAAUCUGCUUUCCCGCUUUCCGAAAUGGCUGGUACGAGAUAUUUCUUCGUGCCCAUCAAAGUCUGGCAAUCCUAUCAUUGUAUGGCAUUUGGGUCCAUAUUGCCCCACGGGACUUAUUGCCCCGAUUGCUGUUGUACGUGGUGAUUGGGGUUGCUGGUCUCUCGACAUUUUUUUCCGGCGCCAUUAUGGCUUAUCGCAACGGCAUCUUUCGGUGUAGACUUACCCGAGCCGACAUCCUGCAUGCUAAAGGCGCUGUGCUUGUCAGAGUGAUUCUGGCAAGACCGGUGCGAGUAAAAGCUGGUCAAUUCAUCAGCCUUUGGAUAGCUAUUCCCUCGACAAAUUUCUGCUCGCUUUGGGAGUACCAUCCCUUUGUGGUGGCGAAUUGGUCUGAGAACGCGCUCGAUACACUGGAUCUGUUGAUCGAGCCUCGUUCCGGUUUGACCCUAAACCUCCUGCAACGCAGUCAGACGCGGCAAGAUCACUGUCGAGCAUUGUUCAGCGGACCGCAUGGUAGUAGUGUACCAGUCGGAACCUAUGAAAUCGUGUUGAUGGCCGCUACCGGAUAUGGCAUUGCUGCGCAGCUUCCCUACCUCAAGCAGCUGCUGCAUGACUACAAUAGUCGAAAAGCCAAGGCUCGUCGUAUACACCUUGUUUGGGAGUUAAAGACACUCGAGUUGCCAUUGGCAAUCGAGAGCCUGCUGAAUAACGCAUUGAUUGACGAUACGCUUGAUGAUGGCUAUAUCCUCCAGAUCUCUGUGUACGUUGAGAACGUGGGCAGGGAGGAGCGAAUCAGUCCUCGAGCUGAAGUUAUCAGAGGGCUGCCUGACUGGUCGGCUAUCAUUCAAGAGGAAGCCGCGGGAAAAUACAUCAAACGGGUUCAGGAUGAGACAUCCAAACGAGGGGAUAUGAUUGUCACAAUCUCGACAUCACCUGGCGUACGGCGCCAUCUGCAAGCCAUCGUACAGAAGCAUGUACGCGAACGGGUGGAGUUGGUAGAGCUCGAUUACCAGCCAGAUCACUAACAUCAUUUCUUUGGAAGCCAUGGAUGAGCUCAUGCAGCGUCGUACUAGCUUUGAAUGCGAAUCCCCCAACCGCCAGAACACCGGUCGUGAUAAUGAGUGGGUCUGCCAUAUUGA